AUGGCUCCAAAUCGGAGUGUUUUAGGAUUUUUGAACUCAAAAACUAUUAGUACGGUUUUCACCAAUAGUAUUGUAAAAACUCCAUAUCGUUAUGUGCAUGGAUGUAAUAAUUGUGACAAAUUUUUGGGCGGUCCGGCUAUUUCCGCAGCUUCCUUAGCACGUAAAAAUUAUAAUAUCGGUGGCAGACAUCGAUUUAUUCACACGACGAACCAUUUGAGUGCUCGAGCUGACUACUACAAGGUCCUCGGUGUCGCUAAGAAUGCUUCUUCUAAGGACAUAAAGAAGGCAUACUACCAGUUGGCCAAGAAGUAUCAUCCUGAUGCGAAUAAGUCUGAUCCAGAAGCUUCCAAGAAGUUCCAAGAAGUAUCUGAAGCUUAUGAGAUACUGUCUGAUGAAAACAAGCGCAAACAAUAUGACACAUUUGGCACUACUGCGGAUGAUAUGGGAAUGGGCGGUGGGCCUACAGGAGCUGAUGGUUUCACCCACCAAUGGCAGUACAAGUCCACCAUAGACCCAGAAGAGUUGUUCCGGAAGAUAUUUGGUGAUGCUGGCUUCAAAAGUGAGGCUUUCAGUGAUUUUGCUGAGUCCAAGUUUGGAUUUGGAGCUGCACAAGAGGUUGUAGUGAACCUCCGUUUCACAGAAGCAGCGCGUGGUGUGACCAAAGACAUUAAUGUGAACGUAGUGGACACAUGUACCAAGUGCCAGGGCUCCCGCUGUGAGCCUGGUACUAAAGCCAUUAAGUGUACUUACUGCAACGGGACCGGAAUGGAGACAUUCUCUCGAGGUCCAUUUGUGAUGCGCUCCACUUGCCGACACUGCCAUGGAACUCGAAUGCUAAUCAAGUUCCCUUGCGUCGAGUGUGAAGGGAAAGGACAGUCGGUCCAACGCAAGAAAGUGAAAGUGCCAGUGCCGGCUGGAGUAGAAGACGGACAGACAGUCCGUAUGGCAGUCGGGAACAACAGUGAGAUAUUCGUCACCUUCAAGGUGGAGAAAUCCAAUUACUUCCACAGGGACGGGCCUGAUGUACAUACUGAUUGUACCAUAUCCGUGGCCCAAGCCUUGUUAGGUGGCACAGUCAGAAUACAAGGACUAUAUGAAGACCAUACUUUGCAGAUAAUGCCAUGCACAUCUUCACACACCACCAUCAGACUGUCACGGAAGGGUAUGAAGAGAGUGAGCCAACAUGGUUAUGGUGAUCACUAUGUGCAUAUCAAAAUACAAGUACCAAAAUCGUUGUCGAGCAAACAGAAGGCGCUUAUGUACGCGUACGCAGAGCUAGAAGAGGAUACUCCCGGACAAAUACACGGCGUCUCCCUCGACAGAGAUGAAAAGGCAAAAACUAGCAGUGAUACAGGGGCCGGUAAAUCGAAAAGUUCAGGAACGUUUACGGGGGGUGAACACAUUCACCAAGCGAAUCGCGAUACCGACGAUCGUGAGCGAAAUAAUUCGAAAACGUGGACGUUUCUAGAGAGUUUGGGGGAUGCCUAUAAGAGUAAUAAAAUGUAUUUUGUGAGUGGUUUCGUAAUGGCGGUGAUUGUCAGUAUGUAUGUGAUGAUGCAUGAUCCCUUGGACCGGUUUGGUGCUAAUAAGUACGUGACCACGUUAGACAACUUGCCGACUAAGGAUAUCGAUACGAAUUAUGGAUAUCAGAGAGCGAUUAAACGUGAAAGGGAACAACAUCCUGAACUUUAUCAGGAUUUGAAGGAGGCAUAA